AUGGCAUAUCACAAGAAAUCUUUUACUUGGUCUCCCUGUGUUUCCCAAGUGUUAACUAAGACUUGUCUCAUCAAUCUUAAACCUACCGUCACUCCUAGAUAAGGUCCUGUGCAUCUGAAAAUUGAUACUGAAAGAGAAUUAUAAUUCUCAAAUGAUUUAGGAUGGAAUUGGCACAAAAGCUGGAAUAUACCAAAUCUAUCAAUUAAAUUACAUCUUCUAAACGAAGAUACACCUUCGUGGAUAGACUGCUAAGCUUAAUUGAUGGCUGUAAAACUUAAACAAGAUGGACUCUAUGAAGAAGUAGGCUUGGAGGGAGUUACAUAGCAAGACCUAAUCGAUGGAAAAGCCUUUUUCUCGGGUGUUAAAUUUAACAGCACAACUUACAACCAUUAAGGACAUAAGUUUCAUUUGAUCUUUUUAUUGAAAACUUAGAAUAACAUAAUAAUUGCACUUGAGUCUCCUCCUGUGUUUGUAGAUAGUAGGAAAAGUGCAAGAGAUGAACACAGAUAAACACAAUUUAUUCAACCAUUCGAACCAAAAUAUUUGGAAAGGAAUUUUUGUAAGAAAGAGAAGCAUUUCAAUGAUGUAAUCUAAGCUCCCAUAGAAAAUAAUGAAAAUGGUUUACACAACUACCUAACUGCUCCAAACAUACGUAAUAAGAUUAAACAUCCAUUAUUUUUGGCCCUGAAAUUUUCAAAAUGCAUGGCCAUCUAUCAUUUGAAAACUAUGACAACUGACAAUCAUAUGAUAGAAUUUCAAAAGCAAUUAAAAUAAAAACAAGGAUAUUCUGAAUACAUCAUUGCCUUUUAAUCAAAUAACAAUAGAAUUCGUAAAAAAAUUGAAGAAUCCUUAAUCUAGUUAUUCAUUCAAAGUAGCGUAAAAGUUAUGGAGAAGAAAUAUGUUGACGAAUCACUCUAUCAAAAAUUAGAUUAUGACAUCAAAUCAUAUUACGCAUCCUAUAACAAAUUAGUGGAAAUGAUGAACUCAACUAAUGCGGAAACAUAAAUGGAGAUUCAACUCGAAGAAUAGAAUCAUUAAUAAAUCUCCUCUUAGAAUUAACCCAAUCGACAACAACCAAAUGGAGAACGAAAGUCAGCAUUCAAAAAAUUCAAUAAAGAUUUUGACAAAAUGCCAACCAAAAACUUUAACGAUUUGCAAAAUGAAUAUGAUAAUAUGUAGAAGAAGGUGAAAGUGGAAGAGGAGGUGGACAAUGGACAGCCAAUGCUGCCUGUUAAUAUUUAAAAUUUAUUAUUGCAAGAAUAAUUAAUAAAAUAUUACUUAUUCUAAUAAUAAUAUAUGAUUAAUUUGCUAUCUUAAUAGAUCUGA